AUGAAAACUCUGCGUUCAGGCCUCUUACCCAGGGAUUUACGUCAAUAUCUAAACACUCGUUUUAUAAAAGGAUCUAUUGAUCAUGAUCUCCAACAAACCAUACGUGACAACUUAUAUAUGAGAACUGUACCAUGCACCACUCGUUCUCCUCGUCCUGGAGAGAUAAAUGGAGUUCACUACACAUUCCUAACUGCUGAUGAAUUUUCAGCACUAGAAAAAAAUGGCAGUUUGCUAGAAAGUGGAAUAUUUGAUGGUAACCAUUAUGGAACACCAAAACCUCCAAAAGAACCAAAUGUAGUUCAAGUACGGCGCACUGGAUCCACUGGAAGUUUACUUUUUGGAAGUGGUUAUUAUUCUGAAGGAAAGAAACGUUUACCUAGUAAUUCAGAAAUGUCAUCAUCCAAAUCUUCCCCUGUGCCAUUCAGAGAUGCAGUUCCUGUGAUAAGACAGAGGUCAUUAGAACGUGCAAGAAGCACUUCCAAUUUGGGUCCUUUACCUAACAACUGGGAGGCAGCAUACACUGAGGAUGGACAACAGUAUUUUAUUAAGUCAGUCUUCUUUUUUUUCUACAUUAAAUUAUUUUUUAUAUUUUUAUUAUUUUUUUUUAAUAUUUUUAUUCUUUCAUUUGUUCUUAUUUGUUUUUGCUAA